UGGUUUUCUAAUCUUCAAGUGAAUCUUACUCUUACUAGAUUCUCAUCAGUCUUGACUCUUACCAAGGUCAAAGUACUGAUUCUGUAGUCAACUUACAAAACCAACCGAACAGCAAACGAUUAGAAUCAAGGAAUUCAUUUGAGAAAGUAUUGGAACUUAUAAAUGAUUUACAGUUUUUUGGAUCAGAUUCAUCAACUUUGAUUUGAAGAUUUGAUCAGUUGAUCAACUCUCCUUUCUUUUAGACUUGGUGUUUUGUUAUCUUUGAUCCUUAUUUCCUGUUUACCAUCUUGGUUAAAACUUAAAAACUUCUUGUAUUUCCGAUUCUCUAUCAAUCAAUUCACCCAAACUCAACUUGACCACUUACUAGAAUAUAUAUAUCUAUAGAUUUAAUCCGUCCAUCCAUCCAUUCUUCCCCUUUCUUCGUCCACCACUUCAAAAAACCAUUAAACUUUUAUCGUUUUCUUUCUUUUGUUGAUUUCAUUUUUCCUUCUUCGAUUACUUACCUCUCAUCAUCAUGCCUGCCAUCUUAGACGCUCGACUUUCACUAAGCAGUUCAGUUAAAUCUGCUCCUGCUGUUGCCGCUCAACGUCUUCGUCAGCGUGCUCGAAACAAUCUACCGGAUUAUGAUCCUGAGAGCGAUCUAAGUGACUCGGAUGAAGGUUUGGUAGGAAUCAAGGAAUCCAAGAACACUUGGGAAGACGAUGAAGAGACUGCAGUGGAUGAUGAUAGUUAUGUUCAAAAGACAUUGAGACGAGAGAAGCCAUUACCGCCCAUCACUUGGCGCAACUUUUUUCGAGAGAUCAAUUACAUCUCUACUAUCGCUCUCACCCUAGUUCCUGUCUUGGCUAUCUAUGGUGCCAUCACCACCCCUCUUAGUCGUCCUACUCUGAUUUGGUCGAUCAUUUACUAUUACUACACCGGUCUCGGUAUCACUGCCGGUUAUCAUCGACUCUGGGCUCAUCGUGCCUAUAACGCAUCUUUACCACUUCAAUAUUUCCUAGCUCUUGGUGGUUCUGGCGCCUUUGAAGGUUCGAUUCGAUGGUGGGCUAGAGGUCAUCGAGCUCAUCAUCGUUACACGGAUACCGAUCUCGAUCCUUAUUCGGCUCAUAAAGGACUCCUCUGGUCUCAUGUGGGUUGGAUGGUUGUCAAGCCUCGUCGAAAGCCUGGUGUGGCAGAUGUAUCAGAUUUGAGUAGGAAUGAAGUCGUCAGAUGGCAACAUCGUUGGUAUCUACCUUUGAUCUUUGGAAUGGGAUUUGCCUUUCCAACUCUCAUUGCCGGUUUAGGAUGGGGUGAUUGGAGAGGAGGUUUCUUCUAUGCUGGUGCUGCUAGGUUGUUGUUUGUACAUCAUUCAACCUUUUGUGUGAAUUCCCUCGCACAUUGGCUUGGUGAAUCUCCCUUUGAUGAUAAGCACUCCCCACGUGAUCAUAUCAUCACUGCCUUUGUCACUAUCGGUGAAGGGUACCAUAACUUUCAUCACGAGUUUCCUCAAGACUUUAGAAACGCCAUCAAAUGGUACCAAUACGAUCCCACCAAAUGGUUUAUCGCCUUGGCUUACUACCUCGGUUUCGCCUCUGAACUCAAGACGUUUCCCGAUAAUGAGAUUCGAAAAGGUCAAUACAACAUGAAGCUCAAGGAACUUCGAAAAGACUUCCGUGAUGUGACAUGGCCCACGAAUUCCAACGAUUUACCGAUCCUCACUUGGGAACAAUAUGUCGAGGAGGCUAACAAGAAGGAAGAUCGUAGUCUGAUUGUAGUUGGAGGUUUUAUUCAUGAUGUCACUGAGUUUAUGGAUGAACAUCCUGGUGGACGAGCUUUGAUCAAGACUAGAUUGGGCAAAGAUGCCACCACGGCCUUCCAUGGUGGUCUCUAUGAUCAUUCGAAUGCGGCCCAUAAUUUAUUGGCCAUGUUACGAGUAGGAGUGAUCGAAGGUGGUUAUGAAGUUGAACAUCUUAAAAAGAAAGUAGGAGUCUUUAGUGAGGAUCAACAAAUUCCAAUCUGUGGACCAAAGAAACUUGAAACCACUUCGACUCCUGUUAGUCCACCUGCAGGACUAGCACCUGAGAUUGUUGCCUAGAUCAUCAUGACUUUUCUUUUGGUCUUUGUUUUUGUUUGUUUGUUUGGUUCCAUAAAAUCAGAAAAAAAAACUCGUUGCUCAGAUAGUGAUUUUUUUUUGGUUGUCUUUUCAAGAAAAAUGUUAGAUUGUUUUAUAAGUUUGAUAUAUAAAUUGACUACGUUUUCUCUCUACUUUACAUUUUUUUAUUCACAUUUUGGUUUUUUGAUUGAAUUGUUUUGAGACGAAAAAAGAAAAUGAUUUAUUUCAAUUUAACCUUGUUUUACGUUUGCUUUUGGU